GAGAGAGAGAGAGAGAGAGAGAGAGAGAGGGAGAGAGAGAGAGAGAGAGAGAGAGAAAGAGAGUGGGCGGGAGUGUGGGAGACAGUAAACAGUUUAUUCUGCUCUAAUCUUCAGGGCGUUGACAUCGCUGCCGUCGUCCCCUGCAAACUUUCUCCACCAACUUUAAUUUAUCGGGACUGCGUCUCCUCCAGAUGCUUCGGCUGAUCGCAACCCGCGGAGGGAGGCUCCUGGUCCGGCCGCCGGGGGCUGCUCUGACCCCCGUCUGCUCCAGGGCAUCCAGCCAUGGAGAAGGCGAGGCGUCGACGGCGGUGGACAUGUCCCGUCCGCUCUACUGGAACCGUCUGGACACCCCACUUCCGGACAGGACCUUCAAGGACGUCCUGAGCGAGGAGGACACGGCCCUCAAGCAGAAGGAGAAAGGCCCCUGGGGCCAGUUGACCAAGGAGGAGAAGAUCGCCAUAUACAGGCUGGCGUUCCAGCGGACCUACCCAGAGAUGAAGCAGAGCACGGGGGAGUGGAAGACGGUGGUGGGCGGGAUCUUCAUCUUCCUGGGUCUGACCGGUCUGGUGGUCAUCUGGCAGAGCCACUACGUCUAUCCCCCCCAGCCCAGGACCUUCGGUGAGGACUGGCAGGCCCGUCAGCUCCAGAGGAUGCUGGACAUGAGGGUGAACCCCAUCGAGGGCUUCUCCGCCAAGUGGGACUACGAGAAGGGCCAAUGGAAGUAGAGCGCGGGCCAGAGUGGCGCACAGCUGGACCAAUGAGAGCGGCAGCUGUGCUCCAUUAGUAUUGCGGAGGCGUGUGAUGGCAUUACUGGAGCAGAACCACUGAACACCUGUGGCAGUGGGAUUUGUAGUUGUAGAUAAUAGAAAGUCACACGUGUAAAUCAGUCAAUUUGAGAGAAAAUGCGACGGUUGCAUCUUCUUAAAUUCUUCAUUGCAGCCGCAAAAAUCCUAUUCUACUAAUCACAAAUGCAGAAGCUCAUAGAAACUCCUAUGCUCACAUGUUGGCUGCAGCCGCUGCAGUGAAUAUGGUGCCAAACACAUCCAAACAACCGUAUCAACACACUUGAAUUCAUGGACAAACUUUGCUCAUCUGCAAAUCAGUCAGUGAAUUCAUGCAAUGAGAGUUGCACACCUGUAGAAUACUUACUCACAAAUAAAAAUAAAUGUCUUAUUUAUGCAACUGCUUGAAUACGAGUCUCAGAUGCUUUUUUCUUUGCUCAUAAAUCUCAGUGAAAUGUGGCUUGUUUGGGCACGUGUCCCUUGGUGACACGGCUGGAGUUUUUUUUCCCACAUUUCUCUGCAUUUCCGAAUGCGGAAAAAAAACCUCCAGCACGAUCCGAGCUCCGUUGAAACACAGAUUAAGAUAGCGGCAGGGUCAAGCAUUUUUAGAUAUUGACUCGUGUUUGUGCUUGAAAAAUGAACACAUUUACUUUUAUUUGUGAGAAAGAUUCUACAGGUGUGACACUCUCAGGUGUCACACCUGUAGAAUCUGUAGAAUUUUCUUUUUUUUCUGUCAAUGACUUUAGUUGUUUUGAUACGGGUAUGUGAAUGCGUUCUGCAGCAUAUUCACUGCAGCAACUGGACCAACAAUGUGAGCGUAUGAGUUUUCAUGAGCUUCCAAAUUUGUGAUUUGUAGAAUAGGAUUUGUGCAUCUGCAAUGAAAAUGUUGAGAACUGGGGUAACUCUUGUGUUUUUUGGACACCAAAACAAGUUGCAACUCCUAAAGCAUUUUACUCUGUGACUUCACAUUUACUAACACACGUGUGACUUUCUAUUUUUAUUUUCUACACUACAAAUCCCAAACUCACAGGUGCUCAGCGGUUGUUCUCCAAUAACACCUUGAUAGAGGCUUCACAGUAGUCACAUCUGAUUGGUUUGGGCAGCUGUCAAUCACUAGUCGCAGUAGCAGUCUGAGCAUGUUGAUUUGUUUUGAGACCCUGAACUGCUGCAGGCGUCAUAAAAUAAAUUCAUUAUUUAUCCUAGAUGGGAACCAAGAUUUACAGAAUAAUUUCCGGUUGUAAAUAACUUUUAGCAGAAUAUAUAGACAACAUUAUGUGACCAUUCAUGUUAAACAUGAUUAGUGUCUCAACAGUCAGACGUGCGUGGCAAUCAAUCUGUCAGCCAAUCAGGGACCACAAGAAUCUAUCACAUCCGGUCACCAAACACCGCAACCAAAAAUAAACUAGAAAGAAAACCAUCCAGUCCAACCUCCAGCAGUAUUUUAUUAGGUUUUAAUCGCAGUUCAAAGUAUUACAAAUGGCAUUUGGAUAGACACAGUCGGACAGUAGCAUCGUUUCGGACCGCUGCCCUGUUCUCGCUACAACACACCAGGACCAUCUUCUAAAGCUAAUCUGUUGCUACGCUAAUUCUCCUCGUGCCAGAAACAUCCGUUAACGCUAAACUUUAAACGAGGGAGACGAACGAAUCACGUCCGAGCGAGGGACGGGGCGUGGAGAUUCUGUAAUCAACGUUUUGACACGAAUAUAAAUAAUGUUCCAAAGCCA